AUGUUCCCCAAAGGCAAAGGCACCCCGGUGCCGUCGGACAGCCAGGCCCGAGAAAAGUUGGCUCUAUACGUCUAUGAGUAUUUGUUGCACAUAGGAGCUCAGAAGUCUGCACAGACCUUUUUAUCAGAGAUCCGAUGGGAGAAAAACAUAACACUUGGAGAACCCCCGGGGUUCCUCCACUCCUGGUGGUGUGUUUUCUGGGACUUGUAUUGUGCUGCACCUGAGAGGAGGGAGACAUGUGACCACUCCAGUGAAGCAAAGGCCUUCCAUGAUUAUAGCGCAGCAGCAGCCCCCAGCCCAGUGAUGGGAGGAAUGCCCCCUGGUGAGGGGAUGCCAGGAGGGCCUAUGCCGCCAGGCUUUUUCCAGGGUCCUCCUGGUCCUCAGGGCUCUCCUCACCCCCAGCCUCCUCCCCCUAACAGUAUGAUGGGACCUCACAGUCAGUCCUUCAUGUCGCCUCGCUUUGCUGGAGGACCAAGAGGCCCUCCCAUGAGGAUGGCCAACCAGCCCCCAGGUGGAGGACCGGGUCCCCAUCCCAUGUUACCCAACAUGGACCCGACACGACAAGGUCAUCCGACUUUGGGGCAAAUGCAGAGGAUGGGUGGCCCCCGAGGCAUGGGGCCCAUGGGGCCUGGCCCUCAGAGCUUCGGUGGUGGGAUGAGGCCCCCACACAACAGCAUGGGCCCCGGCAUGCCAGGAGUAAACAUGGGCCCUGGAACUGGUCGACCGUGGCCCAAUCCCAACAAUGCCAACUCUAUGCCUUACUCAUCACCCUCUCCCGGCGCCUACGGGGGGCCAUCUGGAGGUGGGGGUCCUCCAGGAACUCCCAUCAUGCCUAGCCCUGCAGACUCGAACAACUCUGGCGACAACCUGUACACCAUGAUCAACACUGGACCUGGAAACCGAAAUAAUUUCCCAAUGGGCCCCGGCUCUGAUGGGCCCCUGGGAGCCAUGGCUGGGAUGGAACCACACCACAUGAAUGGAUCACUAGGAUCUGGUGAUUUGGAUGGAAUGAACAAGAAUUCUCCAAACAAUUUAAGUGGCAUUAGCAAUCCUCCUGGGACCCCACGGGAUGACGGAGAGCUAAGUGGAAACUUCCUCCACUCCUUUCAGAGCGAGAACUAUUCUCCAACCAUGACGAUGAGCGUGUGAUUUUACCCCCUCAAGCCCCCGCCCAGCAUUAUUGCCACCAUUCCAAGGAUCUGAACUCACAAGGCCAAACACUUCAGCGCCAAAUCAGGGACACGCGCCAUUUCACUUCCACACUAAUGCCAGAGAAAGCGAAAAUGUCUGGCGUCUUCAGCUCCUCACUCAAAAUGAAGGACAUCGUCUCCCAUUUCCCACAAUCCCACGGUGUGACAAAACCAGCUUCUGAGGCGUUUGUGGUCUCUGUAGAACCCGCCCCGCCCACCCACCGGUCUCCCCAGCGAACCAGGAAAAAAAAGGUUUACCUCUCGUGCAUUCUCGUGACGGCUGUGUGGUGGGGGGUGCAGGAAAUGUCAGCUUUUGUCUCUUAACACUGGAGAGUGUGCUUAUGCAUUGUGAGCUUGGAAAGUCAUUGUUUUGUUUUACUUUUCGCCGUGCUUUCUUUCCCAAAUGUUGGGCAACAUAGGACUUUAAUUCCACCUUUAAUAAUUAUUGUAAUUACUCCCAACCCCCGCCCCCAAUACCUCCUCCACUUGUUAAGUUUUUCCUGCUUAAUAGGUGAGAAUUAAUGAAAGAAAAAUGAUUUUUAUUUGGACAGACUGUCAAAAUAAAAGCCAUAUUUAUUUAAGUGAAAAAAUCAGUGAUUGACUUUUAUUGUGAUGGCUAGCUGUCAAAAUAAAAGCCUUAUUAUUUUACUUAAUUAACAGAAAAGGUGAUGGGUUUUUAUUGUGAUGGUUCUCUGUCAAAAUAAAAGCCAUAUUUCUUUCACUUCAUUAAAAUAAUAAGUGAUAGACUUUUAUUGUGAUGGUCCAAUAUCAAAAUAAAAGCAUAUUUCUUCAAGUGAAAGAAUGAAUGAUUGACUUUUAUUGUGAUGGCCAGCUGUUGGAAAAAGCCAAAUAAAUAGAAAAAGUGGCAGUUUUUUGAUGUAACAGUUUGCUGUCAAAAUAAAAACUCUGUCACUGAUAUUAAAGAAUAAAUAUUGUAAUGGCCUAGUGUCAAAAUAAAAGCCAUAUUUAUUUUACUUAAUUAAAAGACUAGGUGACAGGCUAUUAUUGUGAUGGUCCACUGUUAAAAUAAAAGCCAUAUUUUUUUUCCUGGAGUGAAAGAAUAAAUGGCCGAUUUUUAUUCCGAUGGCCUACAGUCAAAAUAAAAGCCACAGUUACUUCACUUAAUUAUAGAAACAAGUCAUGGGCUUUUAUUGUGAUAGGAAGAUGUCAAAAUAAAUUCCAUAUUACUUUAACUUAAUACAAUAAGGGACAGAUUUUUAUUGUGAUGUUCCCCUAUAAAAAAGCCAAAUUCUUCACCAAUUAAAAUAAUAUGGAACCGACUUUUAUUGUGAUAGUCUGCUGUCAAAAUAAAAGCCAUAUUUCUUUUACUGAAUUAAAAAAGAUUUAGUGACAGACUUUUAUUGUGACAGUCCAAUGUCAAAAUAAAAGCCAUAUUUCUUUCACCUAAUUAAAAGAAUGAGUGACGGACUUUUAUUGUGAUGGUCCACUAUCAAAAUAAAAGCCAUUUAUUUCCCUGAAGUGAAAGAAUAAAUGACAGACUUUUGUUUUGGUGGCCCGCUGCAGUGCCCAAAUGGUUCCCCACGGGGUCACCUGGGACCCCUCCAUCGGCACAGCGAGGGAAGCGAGUGCAUGAGUGCUGAGGGUCUGUGUACAACAUACUACCUAGUGCUGCUCCUCUGUAUGGACACCUGCUUUAAGAUGUGGCGUGUAUCUUUACCUGCCUGUGCUUAACACUCUGUGCUCUUCAUCCUGGUCGCCCGCCGUCGUGUUGUCUGUUUUCCUUCAGUUUCGAUGAGACGGCCGUUUUAACGUCCUCCAUCAUGGUUGUUCAGGCUUCCCUCCUGUAUCACCCCCCCCCCCCCCCCCCCCCUUGCCCACCCAUAUAUUUUUUAUAUUUUGAUACAGACUUUGACUACAUAUAUUUGCCCCAGUUAUCCAGCUAGUCAAAGCUUUUUAAACUGAUUCUAGUAGGCAUCAAUAUUAACUUAGCAGCAGUCUUGUAAAUGUGAUGAACAAUUUGUUUUAUUUUUUUUUCUGUGAACAUUAUACACAUCUGUUCUAUGUUGCCUUUAUUUGCUGAAUUCUUUUUAAUUUUAUUUGAGGAAAGAUUGCUUGUUAAUAUAAUUUUACAAUAACUUA